AUGACCAAUAAGGACUACGCCAAUAUCGACGUAAAGUUCCCAGUCUUCACCGCCAAGUUUCUCAGUGACGAGCGCUUGGUCAUUGGCGGCGGUGGUGGCGAGGGCAAAAACGGCAUCAAAAACAAAAUUAGCAUCGUUGACAUUGAUUUCGCAGAAUCUUCAGAAGACAAGAUCCUUCGCCAGGCCACGGAAAUCAGCUUACAUGAUAAUGAAGAUAACCCAACGUCUUUGGAUGUGACCCAAACAGGAACUAUUUUUGCCGGUGUUAACCGUGCAUCAUCCAAAGUAAAGUCAAAGGAAAAUGACCACUUGCGUGUUUUCCAAAUCGUCACAGAAUCAGAAGAAUCUGUACAGGCAAGACAAAAGAAGGCUGAAGAAGAGCGAAAGAAGGCUGAAGAAGAGCGAAAGAAGGCUGUUGAAGAAAAAAAGAAGGCUGCUGAGGAAAAGAAGAAGAAGAAGGAGGCAGAGGAGGAAAAGAAAAAGAAGGCCGAAGAAGAAAAAAAGGCCAAGGAAUCCAAAAAGAAAGACAAAAAGAAGGGCAAAAAGCAGGCUGAAAAAGGGGAGAAAAAGGAGGAGCCUGUCAAAGUAGAAGAGGAAGAGGAAGAGGAAGAGGAAGAGGAAGAGGAAGAGGAAAAGGAAAAGGAAGAGGAGGAGGAAGAAGAAGAAGAAGAGGAAGUGGUGGAGGAAGAACCUGAAGCUGAUGUUUUUGAACGUGAAGAAUCAAUUGAACAGGUUGCUUCUGAAAUUAUUUUCAAGUCUGGCGAUACUGAAGAAUACCAAAAAUGCACUGUUACCAAUCCCAUCACAAAGAUCAUUUCUAUCUCCAAUUCUCUCGCUGGAAAGAAUUCCAAGCUUUCAGUUUUGAGCUAUGACCCAAAGGCACCAGCUACACCGCCUACUCCCAUUUAUUCCAUUCCCUCUGUUGACGAACUUUCAAUCAAUGACUUGGACAUCAGUCCCAAUGGACAAUCAAUUGUUCAUGUCACAGACAAGACAAUUGCCAUCACAUCAGCUACCUCUUCAACCAUUAUUUGCAAGGCAAAACUACCCAAAUCAGAUUCGGACGAAAUUGCACCUGCAGGAUCUAUAUUUGCCAAGGUCAAGUUUAUUGACAAUGAGACCCUUAUUGUCGCUGCAAACCACCCUAAGCGUGCUGGUGCUUCUCUUAUCAAGCUUUCCAUUAUUUUAAACAAUAAAAAGAAGGCCUUGGUCAUCACAGACUAUAAAAAGGUUAUUGAAAAGUCGUCCAUCACUUCUCUUGACGCUGUGAAACUUACUCCUAAGGUUAAGCCCACUCCUCCCAAAAAAGUUGAAAAGAAGGUUGAAAAGAAGGUUGAAAAGAAAGUAGAAAAGAAGGCCGAGAAAAAAGCAGACAAGAAGAAAGGAAAAAAAGGUAAGGGCAAAGGAAAGAAGGGUGGUAAGGCUAAGAAGGUUGAAAAGAAGAUUGAGAAGAAGAUUGAAGAGAAAGUAGAGGAAGAAGAGGCUGAGGAAGAAGAGGAUGCCGAAGAGCAGGUUGAGGAGCAAAUUGAAGAGGAGGUUGAAAAAGAGAUUGAAAGAGAAGCUGAAAAAGAGAUUGAUGAAGAUGAUGACAUUGAGCUCGUUGAAAAGGCUGAAGCUGAAGAGGCUGAGCGAGAGUUUGAAAAGGGAUCUGACAAGGAUUCAGAGAAGGAAACAGAGGCUGAAGAGGAAAAAGAAGAGGAAAAAGAAGAGGAAAAAGAAGAGGAAAAAGAAGAGGAAAAAGAAGAGGAAAAGGAAGAGGAAAAGGAAGAGGAAAAGGAAGAGGAAAAGGAAGAGGAAAAGGAAGAGGAAAAGGAAGAGGAAAAGGAAGAGGAGACAAAAUCUAAAACAGAAGCUGACAAGGAAACCAAACAAGCCGAGAAAAAGACUGAAAAGUCUAAAAUAUCUGAGAAAUCUGAGAAAUCUGAAAAGAAAGUUGAAAAGAAAGUUGAAAAGAAAGUUGAAAAGAAGGUUGAAAAGAAACCCGAACCAAUCGAAUUUCCUGAUAUCCCUGAGGUCCAUGGCUUUGUUGCCUUUGCCACUGCCGAUCUCAGUGUAGGCUUAGUUUCUCUUAACGACCUCAAAUCUCUCUGGAUCAAGAAGAAUGCCCAUGCAUUCGCCAUCACUAAAGUUGUUUUCUCCCAUCCUUCCGGAAAGAUGCUUGCCUCAACUUCUGUUGCAAAUACAGUCGCAGUCUACAAACUUCCUGACUUGGAAACCGCCCUAAGCAUAUCCAAGGGUAAACUGACAGCAAUUUACACCAUUGCAUCGGUUGUUAUUAUUAUUCUCACUGCCAUUCUGUUACAAUUUGUUUUCCAAAAGAAAUUCUUGGGUGAUUUGAUUCCAAGUGAGCAAUCUUUCGAUGGCUCUCUCAAAUACCAGGCUCCUGAAGUUGACACAAACCUGCCUAUUUCAACUUCUAGUGUAGUACCCACUACUGAGUCUAUUGUAAAGUCUUCCGCUAAGCCUUCUGAUGAAGAAGAGAUUGUAAUUGAUGAGGAAGAUGUGGAUAAUAUGAAUGAGUUUGACCUUUACGAAGGUGACCCACUGGAUGAGGAAGAUCCUGAUGGUGAUUUGGCUGAUUUUGAAGAAGACGAAGACGAAGAUGAUGAUGAAGAUGAAGAUGACGAUGACAAAGAUGAUGAUGAUGACGAUGAUGAUGACGAUGAUGAUGAUGAUGAUGAUGAUGAUGAUGAUGAUGAUGAUGAUGAUGAUGAUGAUGAUGAUGAUGAUGAUGAUGAUGAUGAUGAUGAUGAUGAUGAUGAUGAUGAUGAUGAUGAUGAUGAUGAUGAUGAUGAUGAUGAUGAUGAUGAUGAUGAUGAUGAUGAUGAUGAUGAUGAUGAUGAUGAUGAUGAUGAUGAAGAUGAAGAUGAAGAAGAAGAAGAAGAUGAUGAUGAUGAGGAUGAUGAGGAUGAUGAUGAUGAAGAUGAUGAAGAUGAUGAAGACGACGAUGAUGAUGAGGAUGAGGACGACGAUGAUGAGUAA